AAGGGUGAGAGGGGUUGUCUCUUUUCCCUUUGCCGAACUCAAAAAAGAGGGGAAGCGCCGACGGGAGCCAAAACUAGCCGGCGAGGACUCGAGCAAAGUCUCGCAGCUCGUGCUCGAAGCUCUUCACCACGCACGCACUCUUUCUCUCACGCAAGGAUGGUUGCAGAAGAAGAAGAAGGGCAGCAGCAUCAACUGAGCCCGCUCAAGGAACCCACAGAGGCCGCUCAUCAUCAAGACUACUCAUGGCCUGCCAUUCGGUUCGAUGUCCCCCCUCAAAGAGCCCAUCAUUUCCACAGACAGUUCAGAACUGACCAGAAGCCGAACAACUUCCUUAAAGGCGUCAAAUGGUCGCCUGAUGGGACUUGCCUUCUCAGUAGUUCGGAGGACAAUACCCUUCGUGUGUUCGCAUUACCAGACUACGGGGGUGACGACGGCACAAAUGCAAGUUCGUCUGAUGUUGAUCGAGAUUCCUUUGCAGCAAAUCUAGUUGUGACAGAAGGGGAAUCAGUUUAUGAUUUCUGUUGGUACCCAUACAUGUCUGCUACAGACCCGGUUAGCUGUGUAUUCGCGUCAACUACGCGUGAUCAUCCAAUUCAUGUCUGGGAUGCUACUACUGGACAGCUACGUUGCACAUACAGGGCUUAUGAUGCUGUGGAUGAAAUUACAGCUGCAUUUUCAAUUGCGUUUAAUCCUGCUGGGAACAAGAUCUUUGCUGGAUAUAACAAAUCCAUAAGAGUGUUUGACGUACAUCGCCCUGGUAGAGAUUUUGAGAUGCACUCAACACUUCAAGGAAAUAAAGAAGGUAUUAUAUCUGCCAUUGCUUUCUCUCCAGCCCAUACCGGAAUGCUGGCAACUGGUUCCUACAGCCAGACUACUGCAAUCUACAGAGAAGAUAACAUGGAACUCUUAUACGUCUUACAUGGUCAACAAGGUGGGGUUACCCAUGUGCUAUUUUCAAAAGAUGGAAACUACUUGUAUACUGGAGGACGAAAGGACCCUUUUAUUAUGUGCUGGGACGUUCGCAAGACUGUUGAUGUUGUCUACAAGUUGUACCGAUCAUCUGAAGAUACCAACCAGCGGAUAUACUUUGAUGUUGAACCUCUAGGUCGACAUCUUGGCACAGGCGGUCAGGAUGGUCUAGUUCAUAUAUAUGAUCUCCAAACUGGGCAGUGGAUUUCAGGCUUUCAGGCUGCAUCGGAUACAGUAAAUGGUUUCUCCUUCCACCCAUUUCUGCCAAUGGCUGCUUCUUCUUCAGGGCAUCGAAGAUUUGAAGUUCCUGAGGACGAUGAUGCAGAAUAUCAUUUGAGGGGUGAUGAGAACUGCGUCUCCAUCUGGGGCUUCGCGUACGAUUCCGCAACUAACAGCACCGAUGGUGGAGAUGGUGGUGCCGAUCUCGACGGCGCGUCCGGUGAAAAAUGGCAACAGAAUUCCUGAGGGAUUCUUCUGAAUUUUUUUAUAUCGUGUCCGUCACUGAUCGAAAGCA